UCUGAGUUUGGAAAAUUCUGAGUUUGAAAAAUAUCUUUUGAUUUUGGAAAAUAACUUCUGAGUUUGAAAAAUAUCUUCUGAGUUUGGAAAAUAACUUCUGAGUUUGAAAAAUAUCUUCUGAGUUUGGAAAAUAACUUCUGAGUUUGAAAAAUAUCUUUUGAGUUUGGAAAAUAACUUUUGAGUUUGAAAAAUAUCUUCUGAGUUUGGAAAAUAACUUCUGAGUUUGAAAAAUAAAUAAAAUAACUAUUUUCAAAGUCGUUUUUAAACUCCAGCUUAUCUUAGACUGGGGUUUAUCCAAUGUUAUUUGAAUAGGAUAAACCCCAGUCCCUCUUAGUAACAGCUGAGAUAGCAUAUUAGUUCUUUCACUAACCGUAUUACUUUUUUUUUGCAGUUAUAGUAAACUCUUAUUUUAAAUUGUUUAUAGGCCCCAGCACCAGUACCCAAUUCAAGGAACUAUAGUCCAAAAUAGACGAAAUUUUGGAAAGACAGCGUUCCACUGAGGUGAAGGUGCAGGCCAUGCAAGGAAUGCUGGAGGCAUUCAUGGCGAAGUCCGAAGUUUCGGUCAAUUUGUUGGCGUCCAAAAUUGAAAAUGACAAUGCAGAGGAAGUGGAUGAGGAACUGCAACUUGAUGAAAUUUUCCCACUUACCUCUGUCCAACAAAAUGAGGAAAUGGAGGAAAAACUCCAUCAAAAUGGAUUGUUAAAAAAAAAAUUGGUCCGUAAGUUGAGCUCAUAUGGGGGGGUCAACGGAAUGAAAACGAUCCGCACUAUUUGCAAGUGCAUUUUUACAGAUCCACUACUGGCAGAACAUUCUUGGCUGGGGACUAAUGCCAAAAAAAGUUUCAGCCAAUACAAGUUCCUAUAUAAAACUAUAUUGGAAGCGGUCCGAUCAAGGUACCCCACCUAUAGUGAAGCCGAGGGUGCUUCAUUUUUUAAAGGGUUUUUGAAGCAAGCCCCAUUUCGAAUGGGAAAACCGUCCACAAAUACCAGUUCCAACACCAGCUCCUGCCUCUGACGGGCAAUCCACAACAUAAUUAAGUUAAGCUAUUUUUUAUUUUUAGCUUUAGUUUUACUUUUACUUUAAGUUUUAGUUUUAGUUUUACUUCAUUAAAUAAUGUUUCACUAAACUUAAAUUUCAGCGUUCUUAUUUCAAAUAUUAAAUUUUCAGCUGGAAAGAAUCUUGUGGUUUUCAGCAUGUUGGUAAGCAAACAUUUUAUAGGUUUUUUAAAAUCUGUAAAUAAGCGGUUAUAAAAAAGCCGUGAAAUAACAUUUUACAGAUUUUAUAAAAAACUAUAAAUAAACGGUUAUAAAAAAACCGUCAAGUAACGUUUAUUACAGGUUUUAUAAGAACCUGUACGAAGUUAUUUACAGGUUUUAUAAAAACUGUAGGUAAACGGUUAUAAAAAAACCUUCAAAUAACGUUUAUUAUAGGUUUUAUAAAAACCUGUACAACGUUUAUUACGGGUUUUAAAAAAAACUGGAGGAAAACGGUUAUAAAAAAACCGUCAAAUAACGUUUAUUAUAGGUUUUAUAAAAACCUGUACAACGUUUAUUACGGGUUUUAAAAAAACUGGAGGAAAACGGUUAUAAAAAAACCGUGAAAUAACGUUUAUUACAGGUUUUAUAAAAACCUAUAGGUAAGAGGUUAUAAAAAAAACCGUAAAAUAACGUUUAAAACUGGUUUUAUAAGAACUUGUUAUAUUACAGGUUUCAAAAAAACCUGUAAUAACGUAAAUUACAGGUUUUAUAAUAACCGUAGUAAAACGGUUAUAAAAAAAACCGUCAAAUAACUCAGUACAGGUUUUUUUUAAACUGUAUAUUAACGGUUUGUAAACGGUUAUAAAAUAGCCGUAAAUGGUUUAUUUCAAGUUUUUCUUUAACCAAAAAUAAACAGUUAUUUAAUAACCGUAAAAAUUAGGUUUUUAAAAACCCAGUAUUCGUAGAAAAAAGUGGGUUUUUUAAAAACCCGAUUUAGACAAAGUUAAAAAAUAACUGACCAUUUUCGGUUGUGGAGACGUUUCUGGAACGUUUUUAAGACGUUUUUUUAACGAGUUUAGUAACUUAUCCGUUAAAUAACCAGAGUAAAUAUCCGGUUUAUUUUCCGCUU